GUGGGUGGAUGGGAGGUCUCGGGAGCUCCCUGUUCGGCUGCUGGCCUGCCGAGGCGCAAGUUUGUUGACUUGGAAGGAGUAGCUGGGGCGGGGGCGGUGCUAAUAAUACCCGUUCAUUCCCCCGUCGCGCUUCACAGUUUACACAGCUGUCACCUUCGUUACUCCUUAAUUAAUAAUAAAAAUAGCCGCCGUCCCGGAGCUCCCGCUGGGUGCCAGGCCCCCAGGCUUUAUGAGCACAGUCCCAUUGAGUCUGCCCUCGUCACGUUACCCCCAUUGUAGAGAGCGGGAAGCCGAGGCGCAGAGAGGUGCUGGGACUCGCCCGAGGUCACUCGGCGGCUGUGCGGCGCGGGGACCCAGACGCGGGCCGUUGAGGCCGGCGCUGCAGGCAGCGGCUACUGUGCUCCGAACCGGACGGCCUGCGCGGCUGAGCGUGGAACCCGGAUCCCCGGCGGAUCCUCACGCCCGAGACCCAGGCACGGUCCCAGCCUCGGCUCCUAGCUUCCCGGGGCGGAUGGCGCGCGGCGGCUGGCACCGGCGGCGCUGAGCCCUGAGCGGGCCAUGGCCUCGGCGUGCGGGGCGCCGGGCUCCGGGGGUGCGCUGGGCAGCCCGGCCCCUGCCUGGUAUCACCGGGACCUGAGCCGCGCUGCCGCGGAGGAGCUGCUGGCUCGGGCCGGCCGCGAUGGCAGCUUCCUGGUGCGAGACAGCGAGAGCGUGGCGGGGGCCUUCGCACUCUGCGUGCUGUAUCAGAAGCAUGUGCACACAUACCGCAUUCUGCCGGAUGGAGAGGACUUCCUGGCUGUGCAGACUUCACAGGGUGUGCCUGUGCGCCGUUUCCAGACCCUGGGCGAGCUUAUAGGCCUAUAUGCCCAGCCCAACCAGGGUCUUGUGUGUGCCCUAUUGCUGCCUGUAGAGGGAGAGAGAGAGCCAGACCUGCCUGAUGACCGGGAUGCUUCAGAUGCCGAGGAUGAGAAGCCCCCACUGCCCCCACGCUCUGGCUCCACCAGCAGUUCUGCUCCUGUGGGGCCCAGCAGCCCCCUGCCAUCCCCUGAGACUCCCACAACUCCAGCUGCUGAGAGUGCUCCCAAUGGGCUCAGCACCGUAUCACAUGAGUAUCUGAAGGGCAGCUAUGGGCUGGACCUGGAGGCUGUAAGAGGUGGAGCUAGCAACCUGCCCCACCUCACCCGCACCCUUGUCACCUCAUGCCGACGGCUGCACAGCGAGGUGGACAAGGUCCUGUCAGGCCUGGAGAUCCUGUCCAAGGUGUUUGACCAGCAGAGCUCGCCCAUGGUGACCCGCCUUUUGCAGCAGCAGGACCUUUAUUUCUCCCUGCAGAGCCUACCACAGACUGGGGAGCAAGAGCUGGAGAGCCUUGUGCUGAAGCUGUCUGUGCUGAAGGACUUCCUGUCAGGCAUUCAAAAGAAGGCCCUGAAGGCACUGCAGGACAUGAGCUCCACGGCACCCCCAGCUCCAAUGCAGCCCUCCACACGAAAGGCCAAGACCAUCCCUGUGCAGGCCUUUGAGGUGAAGCUGGAUGUGACCUUGGGUGACCUGACCAAGAUCGGGAAGUCCCAGAAGUUCACGCUGAGCGUAGAUGUGGAAGGUGGGAGGCUGGUGCUGCUGAGAAGACAGCGAGACUCGCAGGAGGACUGGACGACCUUCACACAUGACCGCAUUCGCCAGCUCAUUAAGUCCCAGCGUGUGCAGAACAAGCUGGGUGUUGUGUUUGAAAAGGAGAAGGAUCGGACCCAGCGCAAGGACUUCAUCUUUGUUAGUGCCCGGAAGCGGGAGGCCUUUUGCCAGUUACUACAGCUCAUGAAGAACAAGCACUCCAAGCAGGAUGAACCUGAUAUGAUCUCUGUCUUCAUAGGCACCUGGAACAUGGGAAGUGUGCCACCUCCAAAAAAUGUGACAUCUUGGUUCACAUCAAAGGGGCUGGGGAAGGCCCUAGAUGAGGUCACAGUGACUAUACCCCAUGAUAUCUAUGUCUUUGGUACCCAAGAGAACUCAGUGGGCGAUCGAGAGUGGCUGGACCUGCUGCGUGGGGGACUUAAGGAGCUUACAGAUCUGGAUUACCGCCCGAUUGCCAUGCAAUCACUGUGGAACAUCAAGGUAGCCGUGCUGGUCAAGCCGGAGCAUGAGAACCGCAUCAGCCAUGUCAGUACGUCUAGUGUGAAGACCGGCAUCGCCAACACCCUGGGGAACAAGGGUGCCGUGGGUGUUUCCUUCAUGUUCAAUGGCACAUCAUUUGGCUUUGUGAACUGCCAUCUCACCUCGGGAAAUGAGAAGACUGCCCGGCGGAACCAGAACUAUCUGGACAUCUUGCGUCUGCUCUCAUUGGGUGACCGGCAGCUCAGUGCCUUUGACAUCUCUCUGCGGUUCACUCACCUUUUCUGGUUCGGGGACCUUAACUACCGCCUGGACAUGGAUAUCCAGGAGAUCCUGAACUACAUCAGUAGGAGAGAGUUUGAACCCCUGCUCAGGGUAGACCAGCUCAACCUGGAGCGGGAGAAGCACAAAGUCUUCCUUCGAUUCAGUGAGGAGGAGAUAUCCUUCCCACCCACCUACCGCUAUGAGCGGGGCUCCCGGGACACAUAUGCCUGGCAUAAGCAGAAGCCAACUGGGGUCCGGACCAAUGUACCUUCAUGGUGUGACCGGAUCCUAUGGAAAUCCUAUCCUGAAACCCACAUCAUCUGCAAUUCCUAUGGUUGCACUGAUGACAUCGUCACCAGCGAUCAUUCCCCUGUGUUUGGGACGUUUGAGGUUGGAGUAACCUCACAGUUCAUCUCCAAGAAAGGGCUCUCCAAGACUUCAGACCAGGCCUACAUUGAAUUUGAGAGCAUUGAGGCCAUUGUGAAGACAGCCAGCCGCACCAAGUUCUUCAUUGAGUUCUAUUCCACAUGCUUGGAGGAGUACAAGAAGAGCUUCGAGAAUGAUGCUCAGAGCAGUGACAACAUCAACUUCCUCAAAGUGCAGUGGUCUUCUCGCCAGCUGCCCACGCUCAAGCCAAUUCUGGCUGACAUUGAGUAUCUGCAAGACCAACAUCUCCUGCUCACAGUCAAGUCCAUGGAUGGCUAUGAAUCCUAUGGAGAGUGUGUGGUUGCACUCAAAUCCAUGAUUGGCAGCACAGCCCAGCAGUUCCUGACCUUUCUAUCCCACCGUGGAGAGGAGACAGGCAACAUCCGUGGAUCCAUGAAGGUGCGGGUGCCCACGGAGCGCCUGGGCACCCGAGAGCGGCUCUACGAGUGGAUCAGCAUUGAUAAAGAUGAGACAGGAGCAAAGAGCAAAGCUCCUUCUGUGUCCCGAGGCAGCCAGGAACACAGAUCAGGGAGCCGCAAGCCAGCUUCCACAGAGACCCCCUGCCCACUGUCCAAGUUAUUUGAAGAGCCAGAAAAACCACCACCAACUGGCAGGCCCCCAGCCCCACCCAGAUCAGCUCCUCGGGAGGAGCCCUUGAACCCCAGGUUGAAGCCAGAAGGGGCACCUGAGCUGGAAGGAGUGGCAGCACCCCCACCUAAGAACAGCUUCAAUAACCCUGCCUACUAUGUCCUGGAAGGGGUCCCGCACCAGCUGCUGCCCCUUGAGCCACCCUCACUUGCCAGGGGCCCCGUCCCACCUGCCACUAAGAACAAAGUGGCCAUCACAGUGCCUGCUCCACAGCUUGGGCGUCACCGAACACCUCGUGUGGGAGAAGGAAGCUCAUCAGAUGAGGACUCUGGGGGAACACUGCCUCCUCCAGAUUUCCCACCCCCACCACUGCCAGACUCAGCUAUCUAUCUGCCCCCUAACUUGGAUCCUUUGUCAGUGCCAGUGGUCAGAGGCCGAAGUGGGGGUGAGGCCCGUGGCCCACCUCCUCCCAAGGCCCAUCCAAGGCCACCACUACCCCCAGGCACCUCACCUGCUAGCACUUUCCUGGGGGAGGUAGCAAGUGGAGAUGACAGAUCUUGCUCAGUACUGCAGAUGGCCAAGACGCUCAGUGAAGUCGAUUAUGCUCCUGCUGGGCCUGGAUGCUCAGCACUCCUCACUGGCCCCCUGGAAUUGCAGCCACCCCGAGGACUGCCCUCAGAUUAUGGCAGGCCACUCAGCUUCCCUCCACCUCGCAUCCGAGAGAGCAUCCAGGAAGACCUGGCAGAGGAGGCUCCAUGCCCGCAGGGCGGGCGGGCCAGCGGGCUGGGAGAGGCGGGCAUGGGUGCCUGGCUGCGGGCCAUCGGCUUGGAGCGCUAUGAGGAGGGCCUGGUGCACAAUGGCUGGGACGACCUGGAAUUUCUCAGUGACAUCACUGAAGAAGACCUGGAGGAGGCUGGGGUGCAGGAUCCGGCUCACAAGCGCCUUCUUCUGGACACCCUGCAGCUCAGCAAGUGAUAGCAGAGGCUGUGCGAAGCUGCGAAGAUCCCAGGGUUGAAAAGUUAGGAGGGUCAGGCAGUGCAUCUCUGCCUAUUUGGGGUUCAGCGUUCCCCACUACCCAAAUGUUAGGGAUGCCCUAAUUAGGAGGUCCUGCCCGCCCCCUUCAGACCCAGGGCGGUGGAGUAGCCUGCGGUCAUUAUGAUGAUCGUUGGUUUCUCUGAUAUGCACACCUCCCAUGGGGGUGGGGGUGGGGUUCAGCUGAGUACAUCUGGGGCCCCACUUCUACAGCUAUUUCUACUGCCCUUCCUUGAGCCAGAACCUCACUGCAACUCCUACCCCCAGGGAUCCGUCCGGAAAUGAAGGAAGAGCCCUGGAUAGGGCUGGGUUUAUUUAAGUUUUUCUGUGUGGGUUUGGGGGAGGGAGGGCACCUUAAUAUUAUUGGGGUGGGGACAGGACCUCGGCCAUAAAAUGCGUUUGUCUACUUCUGGCUGUUUCCCUAGUGCAUAACGCCCUUGGCCCUGGGAGUGCGUGGCAGACUCCCUUAGAGGGGCAGGUGGCCUCGACUGGGGCCACCGCAUUGGGGGACAGGGAUUUUGUAAGCAGUUUAUCCCCAUCCUGGGUACUCGGAAGGGUUGCCGGCUUGAUAUCGUCAAUAAAUUAAGUUUUAUUUGGAUUGAACAAAAUUACCUUAAUAAAUUACAAGUUUUUUCAAAGAAAAGGAAAA